UCCGCCGCUUUUCGCCCGGCGGAGGCCCUCUGCCCCCGGCCAGGAGGCCCCCACGCCGCUCGCCCGGCCCCGGCCCCAUGUGGGCCCCCCCUCACCCGCCCCACCUUUCCGGCUAGGUGAGGGCGCGAGCCGGAAAAGCAGAAUUACCUGUAGCUCCUGUUCUGCCAUCUCGGGCGGGCGCGCUCACACACCUUCACCUGCACAGACCUGAAAGUCCAGUUUCACCGGAGGCUCCGGGAAGGGGGAGCGAGUUCAUUGGAUCAAACAUGUCACAAGAGGCGGACAACAAUAAGCGACUCGUGGCCUUGGUGCCGAUGCCCAGCGACACCCCGUUCAACACCCGGAGAGCCUACACGAGUGAGGAUGAAGCCUGGAAGUCUUACCUGGAGAACCCCCUGACGGCAGCCACUAAGGCAAUGAUGAGCAUCAAUGGGGACGAGGACAGUGCUGCCGCACUGGGCCUGCUCUAUGAUUACUACAAGGUCCCUCGAGACAAGAGGCUGCUGUCCAUAAGUAAAGCAAGUGAGAGCCAAGAGGAUCAGGAUAAGAGGAAUUGUCUGGGCGCCGGUGAAGCCCAGAACAACUUGGGCGGAGGAGAAAACCGAGUGCAGGUGCUAAAGACGGUGCCAGUGAACUUGUCUCUGAAUCCAGACCCCCUGGAGCCCCCCAAGCGGGAGCAGUACAGCACUGUGGCUGUGCCCGGGGUCACCGUGGUGAAAGCCGAGGACUUCACACCUGUCUUCAUGAGUCCGCAGGUGCACUACCGCGCAGGUGGGGACGAGCAGCGCCUGGUCAUCCUGGAACAGACCCCGUAUGGGGUGUCCCCCAUGCCCGCCCCCAGCACCUACCCCAAGGACGAUCAGCGCAGCACCCCCGACAGCACCUACAGCGAGGGUUUCAAGGAAGGCACGGCCGAGAAAUUUCGGAGUGCUUCAGUUGGGGCUGAGGAAUACAUGUAUGACCAGACAGCAAGUGGGACAUUUCAGUACACCCUGGAAGCCACCAAAUCGCUCCGUCAGAAGCAGGGGGAAGGCCCCAUGACCUACCUCAACAAAGGACAGUUCUAUGCCAUCACACUUAGUGAGACUGGGGACAACAAGUGCUUCCGGCAUCCAAUCAGCAAAGUUAGGAGUGUGGUGAUGGUGGUCUUCAGUGAAGACAAAAACCGAGAUGAACAGCUGAAGUACUGGAAGUACUGGCACUCUCGGCAGCACACAGCGAAGCAGAGAGUCCUUGACAUUGCUGAUUACAAGGAGAGCUUCAACACGAUUGGGAACAUUGAAGAGAUCGCAUACAAUGCUGUUUCCUUUACCUGGGAUGUAAAUGAAGAGGCAAAGAUUUUCAUCACUGUGAAUUGCCUGAGCACAGACUUCUCCUCCCAGAAAGGAGUGAAGGGACUUCCUCUGAUGGUUCAGAUUGACACGUACAGUUACAAUAACCGCAGCAAUAAGCCUAUCCACAGAGCUUAUUGCCAGAUCAAGGUCUUCUGUGACAAGGGAGCAGAAAGAAAAAUCCGGGAUGAAGAAAGGAAGCAGAACCGGAAGAAAGGGAAAGGCCAGGCCUCCCAAACCCAGUGUAAUAACUCCUCUGAUGGGAAGCUGGCGGCCGUCCCUUUACAGAAGAAGAGUGACAUCACCUACUUCAAAAUAAUGCCUGAUCUGCACUCCCAGCCCGUCCUCUUCAUACCUGACGUCCACUUUGCAAACCUGCAGAGGACAGGACAGGUAUAUUACAACACGGAUGAUGAACGAGAAGGCAGUGUCCUUGUUAAACGGAUGUUCAGGCCCAUGGAAGAGGAGUUUGGUCCAGCACCUUCUAAGCAGAUGAAAGAAGAAGUGAUAAAGCGAGUACUCUUGUAUGUGAGGAAGGAGACAGACGAUGUGUUUGACGCCUUGAUGCUGAAAUCUCCCACGGUGAAGGGUCUCAUGGAAGCGAUAUCUGAGAAAUAUGGGCUACCAGUGGAGAAGAUAACGAAGCUUUAUAAGAAAAGCAAAAAAGGGAUCUUGGUGAACAUGGAUGACAACAUCAUUGAGCACUAUUCAAAUGAGGACACCUUUAUCCUCAACAUGGAAAGCAUGGUGGAAGGCUUCAAGAUCACACUCAUGGAGAUCUGAGCCCUGGACCUGGGUGAGAGCCCUCAGUGCCUGCCUUCUUCCCCAGGAACAAUGGAGAUCCCUGAACCUGAAGACCCACCUCACCCAGUCUCACAACUGCUGUUACACGACUAUGCUGAGCAGAGGACAAGGCAUGCAGCCUGCCACCCCCUUCAGCACCUGGGCCCCUCCACCAGCACCUGCUAAGCAGUCCAAGCCAGAGCCUCAUUGGGAAGGUGCCUUGGGGCCCAGGGGACCCAUAUUUAUUGUCCACCUUCUUCCAGAGCCUGAGCACUAGGCCUGCCAAGGUCUUUGCUGGUCACUGCAUGCUCCAGAUGAGACUGUCCCCAUCCAUUCGCAUCAAUGGAACACAGCCAGCUUCUUCAUUCCCAAGAACUUGAAUAAGUCUUUCCCCUUCCACCUCACCUCUUCUUCUCUUCAGUGACUGGAUACACAAAGCCUUUCCAGUGUGGUAGCCAGGGGCUGAGUGACAUGUGUGGGCCCCUGACUGGUCAGAAACCUUCAGGGCUAUGAUGGGGAAGUCCAUCUUGCUAAAUAACCCCCAGGGGUUCCCAGCAAGUGACCACCAGGCCUUUGACAGAAGACUUUCAACUACCAUGUAAUAGGCAAGUCACCCCGAAAUGAUGCCUGAUCCUCCUGUAUAUAGUGUUUAUAAUAUUGCAAUAAUAUAUUUUAUCCAUGGAAUUGGGCAUGUUUACUGCCACUGGUCCAGGAAAGUCACAGAAUUGGAGACUCCACUUAUUUUUUUUUUUUUUUUUUCCUCCAGGGUUAUCACUGGGGCUCAGUGCCAGCACUAUGAAUACACCACUCCUGGAAGCCAUUUUUUCCAUUUUAUUGGACAGAACAGAGAGAAGUUGAGAGAGGAGGGGGAGAUAGAGAGGGAGAGACAGAGAGACACCUGCAGACCAGCUUCACUGCUUAUGAAGCAUUCUCUCUGCAGGUAGGGAACCGGGGAUUCAAACCUGGACCCUUGCACAGGUCCUUGCACUUAGCACUAUGUGCGCUUAACCGAGUGCACCAUGGCAAUGGCCCAGCCACAGAGACUCCACUUUCUAUGUGAGGUUCCACCUGUUGAGGGGACCUUGGAGUGGGGGUCAUAACUGUGGGGGGCACCCAGGAAGACACUCUCCUGGCCACUCCUGUGGAUUUUUUUCCCUGUCUCCAGAGGAAGUCCCCUUUUUCCUUCUCCAUGGUCACGCCCAUCUGCCAAGGUACUGAAUUCAUCUCCUGAACAAGCACCUACCAGGUUGUCCCCUCAGAAUUUUCUCACAGGAGAUGCCAUAUUGCCUGAGGCCUUCAAGUUGGCUAUCUGGAGUGACUGCUGACCAUCUGUGCCUGCCUCUGGAUCCUCUGAGGACCUGUGGACCCUGGAGAUCCUGGUCACUGUGUGGUGCCUAACAAUCACAGGCACAGCCUCCGUGUCAAGUGAUCUUGCUAAGAGCUUGAUGACAGCUCUAACACAUCAGCUUUUAGAGCAGACAGCCAAGGGCAGCAUCCUGGCCAACAGCAGCACGAGGCUUGAAGGGAAGAAGUGAGUAAAAAUAGGCCUCCUUGGCCUUUGCUCUUCCAAAACUAGUCUCCACAGAGAAACUUUGUCUUCCUGCUACAUUACUGGGGGUAAGGGGGGGGGUGGGGAUGUCAAGAGGCAAAAACCAAAAUCCAACCAAC